AUGCCCUCGUCUCCUUCCCGCGAGGACGAGCAGCCGCGGCGCCGUCGCAAGGAGCCCAAGGACGAGCGCGGCUCGACGUCGUCUAAAGAGCACAAGCACCGCACACAGCACAAAUCGAGCUCCGGCAAGACGUACAAGCGACGAUCGAGGAGCAGAGAGAGGGACAGAGACUUGCCCAAGGUCUCAACCUCAGAGCGCGGUUCCAUGUCGAGGAAGGUGAGCGGGGUGGUGCCAGAGAUGGACCGUAUCCCCAGCGGUGAGGACCGGCCGAAGACGUCGUACCCGAGCUUCAGCAAGGCGCACAGUCGCGAGGCUGUCAACAGCAGAGAGGAUGUGUACAGAACCAAGGGCGCACCGUACACGCCCGAAGCGACGGAGCUGGGCCAGGAGAAGAGCAAGGAAAAGAAGCAGAGAAGGAGGUCGAUGCCGAGUGAGAGCGCUGCGCCAGGACGAGCACCGCCAAGUCCGCCUCUCACAGCAAAUACUGCGGACUUCAAGAGGCCGAGGAGCGGUUCUAGCAUGCGGAAGACGGCGGAGGAUGCUAAGUCGGACCUCGAGAGCGGCAGGAAGAGCACUGACGGUGCACCCCGAAGCUCAGCACGCCAGGCCUCGAAGUCCACCUCGAGCUUACGGAAAGAGGCCCGUCUCCCUCAGUCGGACAUCUCGAGUAUGCCAGGCUCUUUCCCGGAAGAUGAGCGCAGGUCGACGCCCACCAGCGGCUUCCAACGUACUGCCUCCACUUCAUCGUCUCAGCCAGGCUCCACCCUUACACAAGAUACGCAAGGAACCGGAACAGACUCUGAUGCGACUUCAGUGGCACCAGAGCGCAAGGGUGCUCCGCGGCAAGCAGAUGGCACACCUCCGCAAGACCAUUCUCCAUCCUCUACUACCGACUCGCAACCAAAAACUCCCAUCGCCCAGGAACAACCUUACCCUUUUCGCACCAGAACACCCAUCGAUGUCGCCAGCGCGAAUGCAUAUACACCUCAAGUCUCUUUCAACGUCAAUCCAAAGACGCCAGUGACAGCUGUGCCACCUCCUCCCCCGCCUCCGCCUCCGCCUCUCGUCACAGGGUCUCAGCCGGCCCCGAGAGUAGAUUAUCUGCUCAAGAACGGCGGGCUAUCCUCCAUGGUCCCGAGGAGACUGGUCCACACAGCACCCGUCGUGCAGCAGUACGCCAUGUACCAAUCUCCGUCUGUCACGCAGAAUGCGCCCAUCGAGGAGUACGCGAAGAUCUUUACUCCAGUACACAAGCGUCUGGACGACUAUCUGCAUGUUCUCCGGCACAAUGGCUCACUCGCAGUCGCAACUGGAUAUAAGUCGGUGGCGAGACGGCUACUGGACAAACUGUCUCAAGUCUUCGCGCGUGACAUCUCAUCCCAACGCUGCGACUGCGUGAUCUGCAAGACGUCACCUCAGCCGGCGCUCUCUGAUGAGGAGGACAGCGGCUUCAGCUGGGGUGAGAUCUUGGAGUUCGUGUCUGGGAGAAGAGAGCUGCCACAGUGGCCGCCUUUCACCAUCACACCCGAUGACAAUGGGCUUGGAAUCAAGGGAGCUACUCACAAGCCUAUGCAGAAACUGGACAUUGACGUGCCCGAAGAGUACAAGGACCACUACAUCCGCCAGAACCAGAAGACGAAGAAGGCGGUGCAGAGCUGGCUGUCGCAGCAGCCAGAGUUUCCAUCCAGCCCGCCAGAGGACGCUGAUGAAGAUACGCUGAUGUUCGCCAUGAUGACCAAGCUCGACGCUCCGCAGCGCAACAUAUUCAUUGCAUUGAUGCAUGGCCAGAACGAUGUUCCGACGAGUCGAGCACCCACUCCAGCGGAGCGGCCAUCGACUUCAUCUGAUGCGUUGAGGCGAGCUCGCAAAGCGCUGCAGCGGCUGUAUCGGUUGGACAAACCACCCCGAGAUUGCGAGAGUGCAAUGUAUUUGCUUAAUAACCCACCUCUGCAUGGUAUGCUCGCCACGCUGGCUGAAGUGAACGAGUCCGAGUGGGAGAUUCUCAUCUCAGGCCGCUUCGACGGCUUCCUCUGGUCUGGUGCCGAAGCUCCCUUCCCACCAUCUGUCUCUGCCUACAACUCCCCUAUCGCCUCUCGCGGACCGUCUCGAGGGCCGAAUGCUCCGCCAUUCUCUCGCAACACCACACCCUUCAGCGGUAUGAGUGGUUUCCAGCCAUCUCGUGGCUCUACCCCAUUCAGUCCACUCCGCAACGCCAUGUCACCGGACGGAACACCACAGCAGAACUAUCCACCGCCACAGUCGGUCUUCCCCUCGCGUGGACCAACACCAGCAAUGCCCGGCAUGUCCGUCUCCGGCGUCACCGCCCCACCGCCGGUGCAGAUGGACGAAGACACUGAGAUUGCUGUGCUCGCUGAAGUAGAGCGUAAUCUCUUCAACGACAUGGAACGCUUCGAAGACGCCUUCGAGAUCCUGCACUCUCGUGCCGAGCUAGUACGACAGCUUCUUCGUGAACGCAGCGCCGGCCUAUCAAUGCAAGCUCAAUCCCGCCGCGGCUCGGAGGCCUCGGCUAUCGGUGUGCGGCUGGACACUCCUGCAUCUGGCGUAACAGACUUCGAGGACGAGACAGAUGAUGAUGGAUUGGCGGAUAUGGCGAGUUUGGCUCCCGACGACAGCGCGAGUCAGAUCUCGACAAGUCGUAGGCACAGGAAGAGGCACGAGCGGCGCACACCAGCUCCCGUUGCGGAAGAAGACGAGAGCACGUUUGAGGAGCACAUCGCUGGACCUACGCCGCCACCGGUCGCGACGACGCCGGGGCGGCAUUGGGGCGGGCGGAGGUCGAAGCAUUGA